AGCAGUAACUGGACGGCGGUAUUAAGAACAGAGAUAAAGUAAAAAAAAGAAAAGAUUAAGAGAAGGUCGUGUUGCCAUGGUGACCAAGGCCGCACCCGGAAGUGACAUAGUAAAGGCGCUAAACUAGAAGUGGAGAAGUUGUUUCGUUUUGUGCACCCAACAUAACGUUAUGGAAUGAGUCAGGGCUGGAGAGGUGGAUCACGAGGAUGGAGAGGUGGUGGUGGAGGAGGAAAUCAAUACUCGGGAGGAUGGAGAGGCCGCCCCUGGAAGCAAAGGGGCAAUGGAAGGGGCCAAAGUGGAAACUGGAACAAAAAUCCUGCUACCAACCCGACAGGUUAUUGCGGUGCCCCUAUCAGGCCUCGAUUAACCCAGACUACGCUGGAUAAGUACAUUCCGUACAAAGGUUGGAAGCUUUACUUCUCUGAAGUUUACAGUGACAAUUCCCCGUUUGUGCUGAAGGUCCAAGCUUUUGAAAAAUUCUUUACAAAUCACAUAGAACUGUAUGAUAAGGAUGAAAUUGAAAGAAAAGGCAGCAUACUUGUUGACUAUAAGGAACUUUUACAAGACAGUGAGAUUACGUCUUCUGUACCACUGGCAAUGGAGCUUAAAGACAUGCCUGAAAAAAUACUGGAUUGUAUGGGACUAGCAAUCCACCAGGUGCUUACCAAGGACCUUGAGAGACAUGCAGCUGAGUUACAGGAACAGGAAGGGCUUCCAUUAGAGGAGACCCCCAUUGUUAAUGUACCAUAUAUACAUGCAAGGGUGUAUAAUUAUGAGCCAUUGACUGCUUUGAAGACCCUUAGGGCCAACCUGUAUGGAAAAUAUGUUGCAUUACGGGGCACAGUGGUACGAGUCAGCAACAUCAAACCACUAUGCACUAAAAUGGCCUUUGAAUGCAACAUGUGUAGUGAGGUGCAGAGCUUCCCCCUGCCUGAUGGAAAGUACACUAUUCCAACAAAGUGCCCAGUUCCAGAGUGCCGUGGACGUUCAUUUACACCAAACCGCAGUUCUCCUCUGACAGUGACUGUGGACUGGCAGACGAUCAGAGUCCAGGAGUUGAUGUCAGAUGAUCAGCGAGAAGCUGGUAGAAUCCCAAGAACUGUAGAGUGUGAACUAAGCCAGGAUUUAGUGGACAGCUGUGUCCCAGGAGAUAUGGUAACCAUCACCGGCAUAGUCAAAGUAUCGAAUAUUAAAGACGGAGGAUAUAAAAACAAAAACAAUAAAUGUAUGUUCCUGUUAUACAUUGAAGCUAAUUCUGUCAGCAACAGCAAAGGCCAAAAAAGUAAAGAGACAGAUGAGAGCGUCAGCAGCGGAGCGUCUAUGGACUUCUCCUUAAAAGACCUCUAUGCUAUUCAGGAGAUCCAGUCUCAGGAGAAUCUCUUAAAAUUAAUAGUCAACUCACUGUGCCCUACAAUAUAUGGACACGAGAUGGUAAAAGCUGGUCUGUUACUUGCUCUUUUUGGUGGCUGCCAAAAAUAUGUGGAUGACAAAAACAGAAUUCCGAUUCGAGGAGAUCCUCAUAUACUUGUAGUUGGAGAUCCUGGACUAGGAAAAAGUCAGAUGUUACAGGCUGUGUGUAAUGUUGCACCACGUGGCAUUUAUGUAUGUGGAAACACCACCACAACAUCUGGACUGACCGUCACAUUAUCCAGAGACAGUGCAACAGGAGAUUUUGGUUUGGAAGCUGGGGCCCUUGUUUUGGGAGAUCAAGGUGUAUGUGGAAUCGAUGAAUUUGAUAAGAUGGGUAACCAGCACCAGGCUUUAUUGGAAGCCAUGGAACAGCAGAGCAUUAGCCUUGCCAAAGCGGGCAUUGUCUGCAGUUUACCAGCCAGGACAUCUAUAAUCGCUGCUGCUAACCCAGUGGGAGGACACUACAACAAAGGCAAGACUGUCUCUGAGAACCUCAAAAUGGGAAGCGCUUUAUUGUCACGCUUUGACUUGGUGUUCAUCCUGCUUGAUACACCGAAUGAAGACCACGAUCAUCUACUGUCAGAACAUGUCAUGGCAAUGAGGUCUGGGUCAAGGGGGGCCAUAAGCAGCGCUAAAGUAACACGUGCGGACACACAGGAGUCAAACAUCUCUCUCCUAGAAGUGACUUCUGACAGGCCAUUAAAAGAAAGAAUCAAGGUCCGCCCUGGUGAACAUAUUGAUGCGAUUCCACACCAGCUGUUACGGAAAUACAUUGGUUAUGCCCGACAAUAUGUGCAGCCAAAACUGUCCCUGGACGCAGCUGACAUCCUGCAGAACUUCUAUUUGGAACUGCGUAAACAGAACCAAGGUGUAGACAGCACUCCUAUAACUACCAGACAAUUGGAGUCCUUAAUACGGUUAACAGAGGCCCGGGCAAGAUUAGAACUGAGGGAGGAAGCCACCAAGGAAGAUGCGGAAGAUGUCGUCCAGAUAAUGAAAUACAGUCUACUUGGAACAUACUCAGAUGAGUUUGGGAAGAUAGAUUUCAACAGAUCUCAGCAUGGCUCUGGAAUGAGCAAUCGAUCACAGGCAAAGAAGUUUGUAUCCGCCCUUAACAGGAUUGCAGAAAGAACUUACAACAAUCUAUUUGAGUAUCAACAACUUCGGCAGAUUGCAAGGGAGAUGCAGAUCCAGGUUUCUGACUUUGAAAGUUUUUUGGGCUCACUGAACGACCAGGGAUACCUCCUAAAGAAAGGCCCCAAGGUGUAUCAGCUACAGACGAUGUAGGAGAUAUCAUGCAUGCUUCACGACUCCUACCCGGAAUAAUCCUCAUCCGCUCCCUGCUGCUUGGUUCUAAAGCUGAAUGUAAUUAUUUCUACAGCAAUGUUCUAUUACUGAAAUCUCUUACAUAAUAAUCUACCGUAAUAUGUUUACUAAGUAUUUAUUAGGAGAACAACAUUCAGCAAUAAGACCAUCACGUAUAGUCUAUCCUUGCUCAUGAAGCAGGUUAAAUAACAUUUCUAGAGACACUGACUAGGUCAGUGGUCUCCAAACCGGGGACCUCCAGA